AUGGCCGCGCUCAGGCGCAAGCUCAAAAAUAAGAAGGCUCCGGAGGGCUGGAGCCAGAUAGAAGACGUCAUAGACGACUUUGAGCAGCAGAUGAAGGACGCCGUCAACGAGGAGCACGAGGGGAAGCGCAAGAACGAGUCGACGUGGAAGAUCCACCGCCUGCACUGGGAGAAGAACCGCUUCAUAUAUGACCUCAUGUACCAGCGCAAGGUCAUGUCCAAAGAGCUGUUUGACUGGCUGGUGCGCGAGAAGAUCGCCGACGGCGCCCUCAUUGCCAAGUGGCGCAAGCCCGGCUACGAGCUGCUCUGCUCCAUGCUCGCCAUCCAGAAGGGCAACCACAACUUUGGCACCACGUCCCACUGCCGCGUGCCGCUGAACAAGCGCGCCUCGCAGCAGCGGGUCACCCCAGACGUGCAGACGGGCUGCAUCUGCUGCGCCUCGGGGUGGGGCAAGUUUGGCGGCCCCAUCUGGUGGAACACGCCGCUGGACGAGGACGAGGACGCGGCGGGGGGCGGCGGUGGGGGGGAGGGCGCGGAGCACAACCGCGCAACCUGGGGGCCCGCAGGCGGCGGCGGCGGCGGGGAGGGGCCGUCCCGGAAGCGCACGGCGCGGGAAGAGGAGGACGAGGAGGACGGCAUCCCGGAGGAGGUGCAGGCGCGGCUGGCGGCGAUGCGGAAACAGAUGGCGGGCGGCGGGGGCGGGGGUGGCGCAUGA